AGUUUGUGAGAUAGGAAUCGCUAGUGUGAGUAAAGGUGCUUCGCUAAGCACCACAAAAGCUCCAAGCUCUGCUGCAAUGGCGUCUUCUUGCUUUCUGCAAUCGCCAUGCCCUCAUUCUCUCUUCGUUUAUUCUUCUUCUUCUUCACACUCGUCAUUACUCUCUCCUUCUCAUUCCCCCUUCUUUUUCUCCCCAAGAAAUGCACGAAAUGGGAAAAAGCUUAGGCCGGCCAUGGCGCGUAUGGGAGCAGAAACCCCAAACGACAGCGAUAUCUGCAACAGGAGGCUGAUCCUUUUCGCCGGCAUUUCAAUUCUUCCGCUCCUUCAACUCAGAGCAAGGGCUCUUGAAGUCUCGCCAGCAGACAUUUCUGAAUUGAAGGCAACCGACCAGAAACAAGAAGUUGAGCGAAAAAUUCAAGGCGGAGAGUCUCAGUCACAGAACCCCUUCCUCUCUCUUCUAAAUGGAUUUGGAUUUUAUGGCACAGGGGUGCUAGGCGCACUCUAUGCACUGGCCAGGAAGGAAAAAGCCAUUUCUGAUGAAGCUCUAGAAUCUAUGAGUGCUAAACUGGAGGAGAAAGAAGCCACCAUUGUUUCAAUGGGGAAGAAAUUCGAGUCUGAGCUGCUGAAAGAAAAGGAAAAGCAGAAUAAGCAGCAAAUGGAGGCGAAUGAAGAACAGCAAGCGCUACUUAACAGACUGAAUUCAACAAAUAUCACUAUAAAAAACCUCGAGGGAGAGGUCCAAAAGGAAAAGAAGUUUGUUGAAGAGCUAAAAGUUGCAAUGGAUAGACUUCAAGCCGAACUCAAGAAAGCUGGAGAGGAGAAGAACAAACUACAAGGGGAGCUGGAGGAGAAGGCGGGCACAGUAGAAGUUCUGCAAGAAAAGACAAACUUGCAGAGUCUGGAGAUCAAGGAUAAAGAAGAGAGUCUUCACAAGACUAGCACUAAACUAGCUGAAACAGAAGCUAGGCUCAAUGAACUCAGUUCUUCAUAUCAACGCUCUCAAAGCGAGCUUGUGGGUUUGACUUCGGAAAACAAAGAACUCAAAAAUGAAAUUCUGAAAAAAGAGAGGGAACUGGAGUCGAGGAAUGCUGUGGUAGAUGGUCUGGAAGUGCAGUUGAAUUCUCUGAUUGUUGAAAGAAAUGAGUUGAACAAAAAGCUUGAUGCAAUCCAGAAUGACUACAACAACUUGAAGUCCGCUUCAGAAAAGAAGGCAGCUUCAGAUGCUAUGCUCUUGAAUGAACAGCAACAGAAACUCCAACAGCUUCAGAAACAGCUUGACAUUGCCUCAGAUGAAGCGAGCAAAAGUAAAGUGAUAAUUACUAAUUUAACUCUCGAACAAGUUGAUUUGAAAAAAACGCUGGACGCAGAACUGGAUACUGUAAAUGGCUUGAAACAGGAGCUUCAAAUCGCUCAGGAAAAUCUAGAAAAAUCAAGAAAUGAAGUGUCUGAUCUGAAGAACGAACUCGAGCAAUCAAGAAAGCUUUGCUCUGAACUUGAAGCCGAGGUUUCUGCAGUGAGGGCGGACUUUGUCAAAACUAGGGAAUCACUGCACGAGACCAUUGAUGAGGCAAAAAGAGGUGCAGAACUAUUAGCUGCUGAGCUAACAGCAACAAAGGAGCUUCUAAGGAAAACAAACGAGGAAAUGGAGAUAAUAUCUCGAGAACUUGCUUCAGUUUCUGAGACUCGUGACAGCCUACAGAAGGAGCUAGUUGAUGUCUAUAAGAGAGCUGAGAGUGCUGCUAAUGAUCUAAAAGAAGAAAGGAAUAUUAUUGCUAACCUGAAAAAGGAGUUGCAGGCUGUGGAGACUCAAAUUUUAAAAGAUAAAGAAGUACAGAAAUCUCUGGAAGCAGAUCUGGAGGAGACUACUAAAUCACUUGUUGAGUUGAAUCAAAAUGCGAUGGUUCUCUCAAAGAACCUAGAGCUUGCUAAUUCCACCAUUUCUGGCCUUGAAGAUGAAAAGGAAAUGCUCCAGAAGUCUCUGUCAGAGCAAAAGCAAGUUUCUCAAGAAGCCCGAGAAAACAUGGAAGACGCGCAUACCCUUGUGAUGAGACUUGGGAAAGAAAGAGAGAAUCUGGAGAAGAGAGCAAAGAAACUGGAGGAGGAACUGGCAUCAGCAAAAGGCGAAAUAUUGCGGCUGAGGAGCCAAAUGAAUUCAUCAAAAACGCCUGUAAAUGAUCAGGAAAAGCAAAAGGUUGAGGUGGCGGCUAAUAAGGCUACAGUUUCUACAAGAAAAUACACCAGGAGGAAGAAGUCGGUUCCUGAACAAGAUGAUUCCUAGAUUUUUACUAGUAAUUGAUGGUCACACACACUCUGUAACAUUUACUUCAUUCUGCACUUCUUUUUUUUUUUUUUUUUUUUUUUUGCAUUAACAAUGUAUUCAUCUACUGUAAGAAAUUCAUGCCCACAUUCUAUUAACAAGCCCAUUUUGGAUUGA